AGGAGCUUGUGGAGGAUGGAGACACUCUCUUACUGCUUGUGCACCUUAAACAGGACUUGCUGGCCCCUACCCAGGAGAGGGUGGAUUACCAACCCCACUAUGACACCAUCAUCAGGAGUGGCAUGUAUGAGUACUAUGCCAGCGAAGGACAGAAUCCACUACCAUUUGCAAUUGCAGAACUGAUAGACAACUCACUUUCAGCCACGGUGAAAAACGUUGGACCAAGAAACAUAGAAAUCAGAUUGUACCUGGAAGAAACAGGAGAUAAGAACAUGGUCUGUAUUCUUGACAAUGGCAAAGGCAUGACCACCAGGGAACUCAACAACUGGGCCAUCUUUCGACUCUCUAAAUUCAAUCGCAAGAGACAGAGACUAGAACAAGGGAACAAUAGUGAUGGAGACAGAGACAUUCCCAAAUCGUUAAACAGUGACAUCUCAUUCUUUGGAGUAGGAGGAAAGCAAGCAGUGUUUUUCAUUGGUGAUUCAGCCAGGAUGAUCAGUAAACCCAAAGGUUCUAGGGAUGUUCAUGAGAUGACGGUAUCAAAGGAAGAGUUUGAAAGGAGAGAGAAGAACAAAGAAGACAUCUACGGAGGCAUCAUCCAAAACAGACAGCCUGGCGAGGGCAGCCACGUAUCACCAGGAAAUGAGAACCUGCAAAAACUGAUCGAAGAAGAAAAAGGCCAGGAGAACUUCACCCACGUUGUCAUCACCAGUAUCAAGUCACAACACAUCAAGUUCAUCAAAGCAGACUUCAACAGAUGGAGCAGACAGCUGGCACACAUCUACCACUACUACAUCCAUGGUGAACAAGGCAACCAGUCCCACCUAUCCAACUCCAUGUACCGUACGCCAAGCCCCUACGAGAACCUUAACAUCAGCAUUACAAUGUACAAGAAGGGCCAACUGCAUCAGCAGCUCAACCUCAGAGACAUUAAUGACGACCUCCAAUCCAACUUCAUCAGGUCUGCCAAGGACACGUUUGAUUUCCGUGUUUUGGUAGAAGGAACUGGAUUGGUAGAGGGCGUGCUUCGAUAUCAUCCAUUCCUCUUCGACAAGGAGUCAUAUCCAGUUGACGAUGGCUCAGUACCUGAGGAAGUCGAUGACGAAAGUGAUUACAACAAAGAUAGACCUGCGAGGGGUAGCAAAGCCAUAUUUGAGUGCUACUGGAAUGGAAGGCUUAUUCCCUAUACUCUGGUCCAAGAAUUUGACUGGUGUGCCGUGCCAAAGAAACUGGUCGACAUUCCUGUCGAGUGCUACAACAGGGUAUCUGGUACCCUCUUUGCUAACAGGAAGUUUGAGGUCAGCACGAACAAACUUACUUUUAUUGACCUUGAGAUGAAGCUGAAGGAUAGAUCGAACGCAGUCUUUGAAAGAGUUGUUGGGGGUAAGGCCUAA